CAAUUGAAAUGUCCAAUCACGGCACGGUUUGCGAGAGUGGCUUUAUUUGAGUUCACCUUCUCACUUGUCCGGACACGUGAGCAUCUUAGGAGAAGGUUAUUUUGUCGCCAGGUAUAAUUUCUAAAUGAUCCAUGGGGACUCGCAUCCCAUGGUGCAACGUGAAACGGGAGUCCUAUAGCCUGCCGACCGAAGCUGUCAACAGAAAGCCCACACCACAUCCAUCACCAGCCAGAACAUUCAGAAGGGCUGCUUCCAGAUGUCUCUGCUAGAAGAUAUAUUUGAUCUGUUGCAAAAUGUCCUUGAGUAUUUCGGAGUCUCUCCUGACAUGCUAAUUCCAGUGUGGGAGAGCCAGUUGUGCGGUCAGUACCGGAGCCUGGUGCGGAUGAUCGGGACCAACCUCCCAUUGACCCCGUCUCCACGUAUCCACUUCCAGAUUCCUCUACACACCUCCCGACAGCACAGAUACCUGGACGUCACCAUGGAUACCCUCCCCGCUAUCCCCUCCUUGGCUGACGUGCUGUGGGUGGCGGAGGAUGAGGGAGACCGCUUCACCAAGAUCAGGCACCGCGAGCGUCCGUCCCGACAGGGUGCUGUGAGUCGGGGCGACGAGGUGGUGCUGGCCCCUCCACGUCCAGGGGACCGAGGGUUGGCGGCGGUCCGAGCCCAGCCAGGAGACAUGAUGCUGGGGCACAGAUCAGACCCAGUGGCUCUGCGGAAGAUCACAGCCCUGGAGGACGAGCUGCUUAAACUACGAGCUCAGAUUGCCAUGAUUGUCACCGCGCCACCCUCAGCCCAUUCCCAGAACCUUCCGGGUACCCCUGGAAUGUCCCCUGCCUCUGUCCUCACCUCCACCCCAUGUCGCCCUCCACCUCCUCCGUGUCCUCCUCCACCUCCUCCCUGUCCUCCUCCACCCAGCUCCUCUGUUGGUCUGUCUGCGGUGGAGAAUCUAAUCCAGCAGGACAGGGAGGCCGGUAAAGGUCAUGCCCAGGGGAAGAGCCAUGAGGCUGGGCAGGUUGGACUACUACAGUCCCAGGAUAAGGCGGUAGGACAGGGCCCGGUCCCCACCAUGCUGGAUGUACUGAAUGAGCUGAACCAGGUGAAACUGCGCUCCGUGCAGAGGUCGCCCGGGGGAACGCCGGUGCGGAGGAGGCGGAGCAAGGGCGCGGCGUUGCUAAGCGACCCGGCCUCCAUGAUUGCAGAGGCCCUGAGGAGGAAGUUCGCCCACCGUCGCCUCGACGACUCGUACGACAAAGAGAACCACUCGGUAGAGCUCUCUCCGUUCGGCAGCCCCGAUACAUCGCCCUGUCAUUCCAAGCGCAGCCAGGGACGACUCCACCUGUGACCUCUGACCUCCAAGGUCAACUAAACCAGCAGCCUAUCGCUUCGCCAACCGGAAACACCGAUGCCUAACCCGCCCGACUACUAUGGCAACUGCUGACUUAGGGUGCGUCCCAAUAAUACCUCCUUUCUCUCGAAGUGUACACUUGUUCGCUACUUUUAGAUUGGGGAAGUGAACAAGUGUACGUUUUUAGGAGGAAGGAGAGAUAAUUGGGAUACAGCCCAGGUCUGUUUAUUCUAUUUGUUUGUUUGUCCAUUUUGCACCAUGUUCUGUGAUGCGUCCCAUCAGGUAUUGUUUACAUAAAGGGACCAUUGAUAUUGAGA